AUGCUCUCCAGAUACGCUUCUUCGGACGCUAGUACUGCACAUGAAAUCAUGGGUUUGGGAUUUAACUGGUCGAUUUGCUUGACAACAAUGGAAGCCAAAUUCUUUCGCUUUCUUAAGAUAGUUGGUGUCGGAUACAAAGCCAGAGCUGAAGCUGAAGGACGGCUCUUAUAUCUCAAACUGGGAUACAGUCAUGAGGUUGAACUAACUGUUCCUCCAGCUGUUCGUGUUUUCUGCUUCAAGAAUAAUGUAGUUUGCUGCACUGGAAUUGACAAGGAAAGAGUGCACCAGUUUGCUGCUUCUGUUCGCAGUUGCAAGCCUCCUGAAGUUUACAAAGGCAAGGGUAUAAUGUACAUUGACGAAGUGAUCAAGAAGAAACAAGGAAAGAAAUCAAAAUGA